UUCUGUCAGUUUCUUGACCGGAGUCUCCGGGCUCGGGCGAUGCUUCUGGGGCCGGGCGUCGCCGAUACUGUCUCCGAUUGUCGGCGCACUAUAUUCUAUUGUUGGUGGACCCGCCGUCCGAGUAGGUCGAUUUCGCUCCGUGUAAGAAGCCGACUUAGUUUUCAAGGUACUACUCACAACAUCUGUCAUUGACCAUUUUGACACGGUUGCGUGCGCUUCCUCCCCAGUAUUCAGCAGGUAUAUAUUUUUGCGAGAUGGCACAAAUCGUGGUGAUUGGAGCCGGCGUGAUAGGGUUGAGCACUGCUGUAAGGCUUCAGCAAGAGGGCCACAAAGUAGCAAUAGUGGCCAAGGAUUUCCCGACUCCGUUUGAGACCGUUGACAGCAAAGCUUCAAUCAACUACACCUCGCAAUGGGGCGGCGCUCACAAUCGUUGGGUCAUACCGGCCAACGAGAUGGAACAGCGCGAUCAUGCGAUGGCCCUCAGAACAUUCCGGCACAUGGAGUCCCUGGUGGAGAGCAAUCCUGAAGCCGGUAUUACUUUCAUGCCUGGCAUUGAAUACCUCGAUGAUCCUCCGCCCCAGUACCAAGCUCUCAGCGAGGAAAAGGCCCAGAGCUUGGGACUGGUAGACUUCCGGCUCCUGAACCCGACCGAAUACCCAGAUGACAAGGUGAAGUGGGGAUGCGAGUACAAGACGUGGUGUGUGAACCCCAUGAUCUACUGCUCGUUCCUCCUUCGCAAGUUCUCAUGGAAUGGAGGCCAAAUCUUCCGCAGAGAACUCCGUGAUCCUCGUGAGGCGUUCUCAAUGAAAGAGUUGCCGAACGUGAGACAUGUAGUCAACUGUUCUGGUUUCGGAUUUGGUGACCCAAAUUCAUUCAUCACGAGAGGUCAAACGUGUGCUGUCGCCAACUUCAGCCCAGCAACAGUGACAAGACAGAAUGGUGAUGGAUCUUGGACAUUCUGCGUGCCUCGGAAUUUCGAUGGCGGCACGAUCGUAGGUGGCACAAAGGAACCUGACAAUUGGGAUACCGAACCGUCGCCAGAAGUGCGGGAAAAGCUCCUCAAACACUUCGCUGCUACAUAUCCCAAGAUCCUCGGGGACGAUGGUGAGUUUCGCGUCCUCAAAGAUGUUGUAGGCCGACGGCCGACUCGAAAGGGUGGCAUGAGGUUGGAACGAGAAGAGGUGGGAGAGAAGCGCACCAUGAUCCAUGCUUAUGGUUUGGGGGGCAGGGGAUUCGAGAUGUCCUGGGGUGUAGCUGAGGGUGUACUUGAAUUAUUGGGAGACUCGAAAAUCACGCCGAGACUUUAGAUACGAAUGCACUUAGCUACCUCAAAGCAUCGGUGUAGAGAUUGAAUACCGGUUUCAGACAACGUUGAUUCAGGAAACCUCGAUCAAUGUUUUCUCAAUGUACAAUACCUAUGCAUGGUCAUCAAGUGCCAUGGAAAGCAUGGAAAUAUGAAGGUCGAGCGAUAUCGGCGAGGCUAUCUGAUUGGCCCAUUGAUGACCUGCCCGAAAGCGAGGGAGCGUUGGAGACGACGGUGCAGCUUCGGCCGGUACCUGCAUGGCGUCACCCGCUGAUGCGUGAGUGGUGGAAGUCCAUGCUUGGCAGGAUGUCGC